AGUCCCCAACCCUACCUGCCGUCUCUUUAUAACUCAUAUACGAUCUUGGUUCUCUUGCUUGUCUCUAGGCUGUUGUUGUUGCUUUCAAGCUGAGCAAAACGAAAGAAAGUUAAGGGAAAGGAGUCUUUCAAGGUCAAGAAAUAUGCAUCCGAGCAGCUCGCCGUUGUUCGUGCCGCCGGGCUUCCGAUUCCACCCGACCGACGAGGAGCUCCUCUACUACUACCUGAGGAAGAAGGUCGCUUAUGAGCCCAUUGAUCUUGAUGUCAUAAGGGAGAUUGACCUCAACAAGCUUGAGCCAUGGGAUCUGAAAGAUCGGUGCAAGAUUGAGACGGGGCCUCAGGAGGAGUGUUACUUCUUCAGCCACGAGGACAAGAAGUACCCGACAGGGACGCGCAAGAACCGGGCGACGACAGCCGGGUUCUGGAAAGCGACGGGGCGGGACAAGGCCAUCUUCCUUUGUAACGCCGGUAGGAGGAUCGGCCUGAGGAAGACGCUGGUGUUCUACACUGGUAGGGCCCCGCACGGCAAGAAGACGGACUGGAUCAUGCAUGAGUACCGCCUCGAUGACGACAACGUCGAGGUGCCAGUAACGGAGAUUGGAUGGGUAGUGUGUAGGGUUUUCAAGAAGAAGAGCAUCCAGAGGGACUUUGACCAGCCGGGUGUUGCGGUGUCGGGCGACGACGACGAGCUCCAGUCCUUCCAUUACCCGGUCGGUGGUGCAACGCCGGUGGACCAGAAGCACGGCUUCCACCAGCUCAUGCACGGUGGCUUCCCCACCUUCGACCCAUCCGUGCACCUACCGCAGCUCACGAGCGCCGAGGCGCUGACGGGCGCCCCGGCGUUCAUGUCCGGCGCGCCAGCCAUCACCGUGAAUCAGCUCGACAUGGGCUGCUCUCCUCACAAUAUGAUGAAGCUGACAACGUCCGGUGGCACUGCCGGUGACAUGCUGCUGAACGGCAGCGACCGCUUUGCUGCUGCCGCCGCGGACUGGUCGAUCUUGGACAAGCUCCUGGCGUCGCACCAGAACCUUGACCAUCUCUUCCAUGGCAAGCUCGGCGGAGCAGCCGUAGGAGCGCCUCACCAUUAAUUAUCAACAACAGCAGCUGAUGGAAAUGAGCGCGUCUUCACUGCAGAGGCUGCCUGUUCUCCAUUACCUUGGCUGCGAGGCCGCAGGUCUCCUCAGGUUAUCUAAGUAGAUGAAACGAUGUGUAAUCUGUUCUUGGGGCAGAUGAGCUCUUGUAAUUUUCGUGAGGUUACGUUAAUGGUUGAUCCGUUUGAUCUAUUUUCAUUCUGAAUAUUUUAGUGGUUCUUGGAAUGUAUAUAAGCGCCUUUACUGUGUGCGG